GGGGACAGAUAGCGGGGUCGGACAGGCUCGGGAACUGUUUUUCCUGAACGGACUUUUAACGAUUAUUUCUCCCACAUAACGAAGAGGACCAAAUAAAUCUGCCAGAAUGAUCCGCUUCAUCCUGAUCCAGAACCGCGCGGGGAAGACCCGGCUGGCCAAGUGGUACAUGCAGUUUGACGACGACGAAAAGCAGAAGCUCAUCGAAGAAGUGCACGCCGUGGUGACCGUCCGUGACGCCAAACACACCAAUUUUGUAGAGUUCAGGAAUUUCAAGAUCAUCUACAGGAGGUACGCCGGCCUCUACUUCUGCAUCUGUGUGGACGUCACCGACAAUAACCUGGCCUACCUCGAGGGCAUCCAUAACUUCGUAGAGGUGCUGAACGAGUAUUUCCACAACGUGUGUGAGCUGGACCUGGUCUUCAACUUCUACAAGGUCUACACAGUGGUGGAUGAGAUGUUCCUGGCUGGAGAGAUUCGAGAGACGAGUCAGACGAAGGUCCUCAAGCAACUGCUCAUGCUCCAGUCCCUGGAGUAAACCACGCCCACCUGCACCUGUCUCUGCCCCCGUCUCUAUAGCGACCAUGCUGGCCCCACCCCCAAAACUCCUGGCCCCGCCCCGCAGCAUCCGUAUCCAUGGCAGCAAACAGACUGGUUGAAGGUGGAGAUCGUGCACAUCAUCCCAGGAAAAAGGUGCUGGACAAAGGCUGACUGUAGUUUUAAAGUGAGAAGUCAACAAACUUAAAAUCCCUUUCAAGUGUGCGGACUCCUCACUCUGAAAGCAAACAGACUGGUCCCCCACCCACCCCUGCAGCAGCAUCCGUUCCGUAACCAUGGUGAUGGGGUAUCCCUCUCCUGUAUCCCGUAUCCCGGGUGACCACCAGUGGUGUGCUGCCUCAUCUCAUCUC